UUUUGAGAAGGGUCGCGUGUAAAGAUGGCUUCGGCGAUGGCGACUAAACGGCUGCGUAAGGAGUACUUGGCGCUGCAGCGGAACCCCGUAGAGAACAUCCGCGCGGCGCCACUGGAGAAGAACAUUCUGGAGUGGCACUAUGUGAUCACCGGGACGGAGGGCACGCCCUACGAGGGGGGAUUCUACCACGGAAAGCUCAAGUUUCCGCCCGAGUACCCCAUGAAGCCUCCGUCCGUGAUCAUGUGCACGCCCAACGGCCGCUUCGAGAUCAACCGUCGUAUUUGCCUCAGCAUGUCGGACUUCCACCCGGAGACGUGGAACCCGCUCUGGGCUGUUGGCUCCAUCCUCACGGGGCUCUACUCCUUCAUGCUUGAGGACAAAAUCACUACUGGAAGUAUCCAAACGACGGAGGAAGAUAAACGAGCGUUUGCAGCGGGUUCUCUCCAGUACAACUGCAAGGACAAGAACUUCCGCACGCUGUUCGCCGACUUGGUGGAGUUGCAGCGUGAGAAGGAGAAGGCGACCAAGGAACCAGAAAUCAUCGUGAUUGACUAGCUCAGAACCUGCAAGCUGUCUAGCUUCUGGUAUACAUGUAGUUGCUCUUUGCAGUAAAGAUUAAUCCACGUAUUUGCCGCUAAUA